AUGCCGGACCUCCAGCAGCGUCGACGCCAGAGUAGUGAGUAUUCUUCAAUCGAGUCAGAUCUAGAUUUGGCACGAUUCGCUCAGGGCGCUCGACGGAACAGCAUGCUGGCAUCGCUGCGAGUGCUCAACGGGACCAACGGUGCGUCGGCCCGGUUCGAAUCCCGUCGACGGGGAAGCCUUGCUGCCGGUCGCCGUCGAAGCGAUCCUCUAGCCGGGGCCGAUGGCGCGAAGGGACGGGGUAUCGGCGCUGGUAGUAGGAGAGGGAGCCUUCUGGCGAAGACAUUCCCAGUGGAUGAUGCCUUGGAUGGGAAACACCGAAGCAAGAAGCAUUUCUCAGUACCUGGAAUAAUCGAGGAAGGUGUUCCAUCGACUCUGGAUAUCAGGUCCCAUAGCGCUGUGAGACCUCGUACCGGACCCAGAAGUCCGUCUCAUGGUCGGAGACCAUCACCCAACUUCCUUAAAGAUGGUUUGGAGAGAGUGUCGUUCCAAGGCUCAGAUGGUCGAGGGGCUUUCUUAGCGACUGGUGGUACCACUGUGAACUCUUUAAGAACUCGAUUACAACAAGCGAGGAUAGCGAGACAAAAGAGGUUACUUCAAAAGUUCAAGAGCUACGCCAGACUCAUAACCUUCUUACACAGAUUAUGCAAAAGCCACUUUCUUAGUGUCGACAACACGGGAGCGUCUCACCGGGGGAAAUACAUCGAAGAUGGUGGAGAACAAGAACUCUUAUUUGACGUCAGAUACUUCCGAGCUCAUAAAGAGGCUGGGAUAUCGACCGAUUGCAAAAAGAUUCUGAAUUUACCAUUUUACCAGAGAACGGAGAAGGACAGGUACCACGCUCUGAUCGCUUUACGAAAUUUUCCGACAUUUGCCGAGUUUCCACUCGGGAUGCAGCAGGAGAUCGUUAAGGUCGGCUGGUAUGAGAAGUAUCAAGCGCAAAGAGUAAUCUUGAGACAAGGCCAUCGUCCACUCAAUUUCUACUUCAUCCUAUCAGGAUCAGUUGUGGUUCGUGUUAUGGAAGAGGGAAGCGAUGUCCAAAGGACUGUGGUUUACCUGAACCGAGGGGAAACGUUUGGGGAGUUAGGUUUGGUGAAUAAACAGACACGGAAAUCAACUGUGAUCAGCAGAGACCGGGUUGAGUUUCUUUGCAUCGACGAUGUGGUGAGUUCAAACUCUUACACAAGAAUCUUUAUGGCAGGGGGAGUUGCAACUCUCCUUGAUCCCACACAGAGUGACUUUGUUCGGAAUCUGAAAUUUCUUGAAGGCUGGCCGAUGCAUCUUUUGGCUGAAAAUCCAAAGAAAUGCAUUUUCUCUUAUUUCAAGAGGGGAGACGUGCUCGUCAAGAACAGCAAGAAAUCAGACUGGAUUCUCAUCGUCAAGUCGGGUAGUUGCUCCGUGAUGAAACUUCUACAUAAAAAGAAGCCAAAGGAGAUGAAGAGAUUACAGAGUGAUACAAUGGUACCAGAUCUGACCACAAUUGGCAAGCGCCAUUCAAUGCGUGGUGGAUCACUGGAGAACUACAACCAGAGAAAAACACGUGACGAGUUCGAGCUGUUCAUGCAGGGUCUGAAUGUUCAUGAGCGAGAUGCGACCAAUGGGAAACGAAAGAGUUUGUCAGAGAAUGUCACGCAGAACCGUGAGGAUGGUGGUGCGCAGGGCAAAAGCAAAGUAGAAAGUGCCAAAGAUAAAAGAAAUGCUCGCAGACUAUCGAGGAGACCUACCUUGCCAUCACAACACUCAAAUGUUCAUAUGAUAAGACGUCCCUCGCUUCAAGUUCCAAACAACUCGGAUGAGAGUGAUGAAAGUCCAACUGAAGAUACUGAGCAACUCAACAUCGUCCAGGUGCCAAUGGGACAGAAGAAAACUGUGGCGACUGAAAUAGUAGAUGAAAUCAUCAGAAAUGAGGAAGAUGGAGUCGAGCCAGUCUGGGUCAAAGUUCAAACCUUAACCAAAGGGUCAUAUUUUGGGUUAUCCGACAUGCUGUUCGAUUUCCAGCCGAGUUUCUCGGUCGUUAGCAACGGGGCAGAGUGCAUUCUCAUUUCCAAGAAGUUCUACCGGGAACAUGCCACGACCAGGAUGCUUGGACGCUUGCGUAGAGAGGAGCAGAGUUACCCGGAUGAUCAAGAGCUUCAGAAGAACCUGGAGGUCAAACUUGAAUGGGACGCAUACAAGAAGAGCGCCCUCUUAACUACGCUCAAACGCACUAGGAAGAAAAACAACCAACCACGUUGACGAAUGCAUCUUCCUUAAGUUUGGGAUCAUAUUGGAUCCCAACUUUUUGCUGUCUUUCAAAUUCCCAU